CUGCACAACCUCCCCUCCCGUCGCUCCCCGGACGUCGCGCAGUGAUGACAUAGGCGGACAGCGGCGCCGGCACAGCGCUACUCUCUCCGCGAGAAAAAACAACUUUCGCCCGGUUAAAACCUCCUCAUCCGCCGGUUAACGCUCCCGAUUGUGUCGGAGGGUCGUUGUAGAUCGAGAGGCGGCACAGUCCCGCUGUAAAUGAUCUCAUCUGGGGUUUGACUAUUAGGUUUUUUUAUGAUUUUGGAGGAAUCGAGGAGCUGCAAGAAUACACCCAGAGCAGUGACAGACCGCGGGAAAAUGUCGUUACUUCCUGUGCACUAAAAAGUCUUGGCGCGACAUUACGGUUGUAAACAACGGGAGGACACGCAACAAUACGCAGCAACAAGUAUUCUUUAAGAAACUGAGCCACUGGGACAUUAGGAACAAUGGAGAACGUAGACACUACUGAUGUUCCUGGUCUGUCUGUGUCUGAUGUCAAUGUUAAUGAAGAUUCUGUGGAUAUCUACGAUGACCUGGAUGUUGGUUUUCACAGCAAUGCAGAGAACUCAACUCCAAAUGCAUCUCAACUGAAAGAUUCUAUGGAUCUAUAUGAAGAAAUUGUCACAGAGGAACAACAGAGUAGAGAGUCAUUGUACACAGAUCUGAAGUCCAGAUUCCAAGCAGCUCAAACCCAAAUCAAAGAGUUGCACAGGAGACUGGAGCAGAUGGAGAUGCAGAACACAGGGUUAAACACUGAGAACUACCGCCUCAAAAAGAACAUCUCUGCACUUUUACAAACAGCGAGACAGGAAGUGACACGUAAAGACACAGAGAUUCAGAGGCUGAAUCAACAGUCAGAGAAAGGUCGUCAUCACUAUCAGUCUCACAGCAGUAGGCUCCCUCCUCCUCCUCCUCGCCCACUGUCGAAUCCUCCGCUUCCAUCCGGUCCUCCACCACCUCCUCCACCUCCUCCACCUCCUCCACGUCUGCCGACUUCACCUCCCAGAGAGAAUAAGCCUUCAAGGAAUCCUCCUCACUCUUCAAGGACAGAAAGUCCAGCCAGUCAGCCCAUUGGGUCCUGCAUUGAGACACAAGCUUCUAAAGCAUCUUCUCAUAGUCAUUCUAAAAGUUCUUCGAGAGGAGGUGAUAUACCCGACAAACAUACUGGGCGCUCUGUCAGCAAGUCCAGCAGCAGUUCAUCAGGCCAGCACAGUGAUUCAGACAAACACAAGUCUAAACAGAAAGAGGACAAAAAUCAAAGUCAUAAACUAUCUGAAUCAACAGAUGGACGACUUAAAAGUGAUUCAUAUUCCAACAAGGACAGUCACGCCUCUGAGAGAAACAGGUCUCAUAAAGCAGACAAAGACACAGGACGGAAGCAUGACUCCAGGUCAUGUAAAAGCAGGAGCAUCUUAAAUGUUGAGGGACACCGCAGAUCAGACCGGAGUAAAAGCCCCCCACCUGAGAUUUUACGCAAUGCAUCCCCCUCUGGUGACAGCACAGGGAGAAGUCAGGAAAGGAGACAAGACAAAACCAAAUUGGCGCUGCCGGACUGUGAGCAAAGUGCAGCACGCAGUUCUAAAGAGGGCAGCAGCCGAGAUCAUAGAAAAAUCAAGAGUGAUGAUGGACGUAACCGGAGUUCAGAUUCCAAGGACCGAACAAAAUCCUCUUCGAGUCUACACACCGAGCGCCACACUGUUUCCUCCAAGGAGAGGGAGGGAGAGCGACCAUUGAAGGAUCAUCAGAAGAAGGAAGAAAGAAGACAUGAAGGUGAAGACAGCAGAAAGCAUAAAAAGAGCAAGCUUUCAGAGAUGAGCCGAAAGAAACGGAGAUCAAACGAAUCAGACAAAGGUAAAGAUGUCAAUAAGGAAAGUCAGGAAAAGACCCACAAUGCCUUAGAAAGAGCAUCUAAAGAACCACAUAUCCCAGAUAAAAGCUCUGUGGAAGAAAAUAGUCCAAACAGGAAACUGUGUUUCAUGGAAACAUUGAAUCUAACCCUCUCACCGAUUAAGAAGCCAGUGUUGCCCAUCGAAGCCAGCCAGGACGUCCCCACAACGAAGGACAAGUUGGCUGAAAACAAAUCAGAUGAUGAGAAUUUACAGUUUUGUGCUGAAGACAUGUGUGUCAUAGACGAAGCAGAGUGCAGUGACUUAAACUCUGGACUGGAAGAUGUGCCAGAGCAGUCAUCGAAUAUCCCCAAAGAAUCAAGCUCUGAAAGGACACACAAGAGGUGUAAGGAUGAUGCAGAAGAUGUCCUGGAAAAGGACAAGCGUCCUAGUGAAGCUGAAGCGGUCAAAGUGCUUGAAGAGAGUGUAGUCCAAACUACCUCAGCAUUCAGCCAACCCCUAAAUACAGCAGCGAGUCAGCAGAGUGUGCAUCUUACACCGAAAUCACCAGAGUGUUGUUCUCUGAAGACCACAGAGAGCGACAUCUCAAACAUUCUGACCUCAGACAGACAGGCGGAUAAAUCGAAACCAGUGGAGGUGAUAGACAAUAUCAGUGAUACACCAGGAAGUGUUUCCAAACAACCCACAAGCGAUUACAUUACACCACUACCCAAAGUAAACCCUGGAAAUAAAACUGAGGAAACUGUGUCUGACCCUGAUGUCCUUGAGUCAAGGACAGUGGCAGAGAAAAGCUUCCCCGUGGAUUCAGUUGAAGAAGCUCCCACUGCUUCACCCUCAAAGGAACACGCUGUAGCUGAAGAUGUUCCCGACAGUCCCAGACGUCAACAGAUUCCUGCCACUGCUUUGACACCAGACUGUCAGCAAGGAAUCCACCCCCCUGCUUCAGUCACUUCCAUUCACAAGAAAGAUGCCAGUCAUAUGCAAAAUGGUCCAAAAGACACAGAUGCUGUAUCCAGCACAAUAAGCCUGGAAUCACUUCCACAAGAAGGGCUGAGUUUACCUGAGGCUAUUUUAGUUCUAACACAGACAAGCGAAGAGGCUAGCGACAGCAAUAGUAUCUGCGCUGAGCCGAGCUCCUCCACCGGCUGUAUCGCAGUGUCCAAGGUCAGCAGCACGACAGAGGAGACGGUCCCGUCAGACAGUUGCCUCGCUUUCACACCGAGAAAGAGCUUCAGUCCUGGAAAGAACCGAGAGAGUAAUGCCAAGCCUUCCAGUUCAGUGCCACUGCUUCAUGACGAGGACUCCAUGAUGCGCACACUCAGCAAUCUGAAGAGGAUCCCUGAUGCCAUUAGCCCUCUGAGGAGCCCGAUACGGAUCACCAAGAGAAGUCACGUCCACGUUCACGCCAAGCCUGGUCAUGUCAAGAGCCUCCAAAAAGAUUUCUCCAGCACAGCUGUCGAUGUCAACUCAAAGAAGUUGGAUGUAAACAAAGAGAACAAAUAUCCUGGUCCUCCUGCAAAGCAUGACAUCCUCAAUGUGGUGGACAAGGUGUCUGAGAUGCAGUCCAGUCUCUCUGAAACUGAACUGGAGGAGGGGGAAAUUUUAAGUGAGAGCGACGAGGCGUCCGCUGGUUCCCCAGUUCCUGCAAUCAAGAGGGCGAAGUUGGUACGACCUGUCAGAAACAAACCAAGUCCCAAGUCUGUGCUGAAGAGGAAAUCUGAGGAAAGGUGUGUGGGCUCAAAAGAAACCAGCGAAACACCAGGUGGUUCAACACGGAGUCCAAAGAGUCGUUUUAAAACGGUUUGCCCUGCAGCAACCAAAGCUUCCUUUUCCAACAUCGAGGAAAUAAUGGAGACAUUCAGGUUGGUUCGCAGUGAGAUCCGAAAAAAGUACAUGAAGCUUCACAAAACCUUUCCCAGGAAGAGCUUCAAUGGCAUUGUUGACAAUUAUCAGGAAUCUUUUUUAGAGUUUGUGGAUGGUGCCCAUUUUGGUCAGAUAUGCAGUCAGGCAGGAGAGCUGAAAUCCACGCUGAAGAAUCUGAUUGCGUCCGUGUUUAGCAAAGUGUCAAAUAAUGGCAUUGUGAAACGGAUCUUUGAACAGCAAGCAGUCGACCUGAAGCUGAAGCUGUGGGACUUUGUUGAUGCUCAAGUAGACUGCUUGUUCAUGGACAUUAAUGUUGCACUGAAGAGUCUCUGCAAACCAGCAAGAGGUUCGGCUGAGAAGAAGAAGCCCGCUCGUAACGAGGAAGCAUCCGCACAAACGCCUUUAAAGAAGCCUCAGUUUCAACAGAAGGAAGCACAGUCCGCUCCGACCAGCGUGAAUCAAAUCAAGCCUUGUACUGUAGUGCCUUACAAAACAGGGCUUGGAAGCAGAGGCAAAGACAUCAGAAUCAGUCACGAGGAAAAAGACUGCAGUAUUAACCCACAUCAAACAAAUACACAAUCUGUAACGGACUUCCCUCCUCCUAAAACAGUUUCUCUAACUCCAGAGAAAAGUAGCAUGACCUCUUUGGUUGUCUCUCAAAGUGGCUCUUUGCUCGACAAAACCGACUUUGAACUGCUUACGGAACAACAAGCCUCCAGUUUAACGUUCAACCUGGUGAGGGACUCUCAAAUGGGAGAAAUCUUCAAAUGUCUUCUCCAAGGAUCCGACUUGCUGGAAAACAGCAGCAUCGCAGGGGACAGCACAGCAUGGUCCCUCUGCACUCCGAAGAAGGAUGGCGAGAGGUUCCUCAGCAUCACCACCCCAACUAAAUUUGACUCUCCGUCUAAACUGCUUACCCCGGCCAAAUUCAACACCCCCUCCAAACUCAUCACCACCUGGUCGAGCAUUUCACCUCGCAAGAUGUCAUCUCCUCGGUUGAAAGAACAGAUCCCCCUGAAUCCAGCUUUGUUUGACGAGAACUGCUUGUUAGAGCUGCCGGUGGAGAAUAAAACGAUGCUGCAGUCUUCUCAAAGGUAUUCCAUACUGACUGAAGAUCUGGCUGUCUCACUCACCAUUCCAUCCCCCCUCAAGUCUGACAGCACUCUCAGCUUCCUACAGCCAUCGAGCAUGCACACCAUGUCCACUCCAGACAGCGUCAUAAGCGCUCACAUUAGCGAGGACGCCCUGCUGGACGGCGAGGACGCCACCGAGCAGGACAUUCACCUCGCCCUCGACACCGACAACUCCAGCUGUGGCUCCGGCAGCAGUGGGGCCUCAUCCGCGCACGCCACAACUUUCUUCUUCAAGCCUGACGUGCCCAUGCAAGCGCUGGUGAUGGAGAAGUCCAAUGAUCACUUCAUCGUGAAGAUCCGCCAGACAGCUGCGUGUGCAGACGUCACCCUCACUGCCGACGAAAGCUUAAGUAAGACACUGACAGAAGAAGAUCUCCAGCAUAGAGGAGACCUAGCAAGUGAAGAAAGUCAAACAAAAUCAGUUUUGUGGGACAAAUCGCAGGAGGGAAGUACUGCGUCACAUGUUGUGCUUUCUGAGAACAGUCUGUCUAACUCUGUUGAAAGCUCCGGGAUCUCCCACACUGCCACAGCCCCAGAGAGCUGUCUAUCUCGAGAUAAAAGCCCGACACUAAAUAAAGAUCCAUCCCACAAAAAAGAAGAAGUGUCAACUCAAAAGAGUAAGGCACGUUUUAGUUUUUCUGAGGUGUCACAGCCAGGGAAAAAUGAACCCGUUGCCAUUCCUUCAGACAACAGUUUGCACAGCGGUGCUCAAAGCUCUGUGAAGAUUGGCGAGGCAGCCCCUGGAGAAGGUCUCGCUACAGAGAGGCAAACACACCUCAGAGAAGAACACAUGGAAACUCCAAAAAGUCCCUCAAAAGCUCUUGUGAGGGACGCAAUGGAGGUGUCUGCGUCUGACGGUAUCCCGGAGAACAUGUACAGCACACCGGAGAAAGACCAGUGGGCUUGUGACAGAGGCAGAAAACGGAAGAGCAGCCAUGGUCAAUCAAAAGCAAAGCGGCCCAGAAGGAAGGAGGUGGAGAGUACAGAGAAGAUGGAGCCUAAAGACGAUAAUGAGUCCAUAUCCUCCCCAAUGUCUUUGUCCCCCAACAGCCUCUCAGCCAAGAAUGUUGUGAGGAAGAAAGGCGAGGUGGUGAUAUCAUGGACGAGAGAUGAAGAUCGAGCGAUUCUGGUUGAGCUGAAGACGAAAGGGGCUUCACGUGACACUUUCUCUGCUCUGUCAGAAAAACUCAAAAAGCCCGCAGGGCAGAUCGCUCACAGGUUUAAUCAGCUCAUGAAGCUUUUUAAGAAGCAGGAGAAGAUGGACACCUGACGCCCCACACUGCUGGGCUUCGUUGAAUGCAAAUAGCUCUUGUUUCCAUGCACAUCCUGAAGCAGCAGUCCGGGCAUGUAGGCUGCAGUUCAUGGGACACAGUGCAGGAAGACGUGAACGCAGUCCUGGCCGAGUCAUUACGUGGUCUGGUUGGGUCACAUGGAGAACCACAUUGUCUACAAUGACCAUGAGGAAUUGAUGUCAAUCAUACUCCGACCAUCGGCUCAGCAGAAAUUUGGAUAUGCAUCCGUGAUAGGUUUAAAGUCCAGUCACUGUGUGUGAAGAUGUUUUUGCUCCCGCUUAUUGAACUGUACCUUGGGAAAAGAAUUCAAAGUUCGAAAAAUAAGAAUUCAGCAAUAAUGACUUUACCUCCUCAGCUCAACUGACUAGAUAGAUUGAUAUGAAGGACAAAACAAUCGUUGCACACUACAUUUAAUUAAUCAGUAUUGGUUCUGGAUAUUUGCUGUUCCUCAGACUGAUGUGACUCUGUCCUCAGCGCAGCAUCUGUUCAUCUCUCCUACCUCUGUCUUUGCAGAUGUGCAAAACUUCAUCCAGUCUAGUCUCAAACUUACAUUUCUCUCAAAACAGAAACAACUGCCUUUACACUAUUACUAUCAAUAAUAAUAAUAUUUUCACUUGACAUAUGGGACUGAAUUCUGUGUGUGAUAUUUUGGAUGUUUUUUUUUUUAACGGAUGUAUUGGAGGGGAGGGGGUGGGCCGUGUGUGGUGGUGCUGCUUGGCAUCUUUCAAGGUUAUUAAAAUGGUUAUAUGCCCAAUGUACAGUGAAGUAAAUUUAUCCCUGUUAAUACGAAUUAAAACUUUUAUCUGUGGGCCUACUUGCUAUUUAGUUUGAUCCCAAUUCUUAUGAACAGCAUGGAAUGCAAUAUUGUGAAUAUUGUACAUAAUUCUUUACUGAAAAUAAAGUUUUAUUUAUU